UCGUUUUGUUCCCUUGUAUUUUUUGUGCUGUCAAAGAUAUUAAGGAAAAUGUAAUCUGAAGAAUGAAAUGAUGCAAAACAUUUUUCAUUGUGAGGAUACCAGCUGAUAGUAUCAUUUUCUGCAGUAAUAGUAGUAGCAACACAUCUUUAUAGAUAGAUACACCAGUUUGAUUAUAGUGUGUUUAUGAGUAACUUGUGAAAAAUUGUGCCAUAUUACAAUAUGUGUUUUAUAUCUCUUUACAAACUCAAGGGUAAACAUCGAGCAUCAGGUAUAGGGCUUAUACGCUCAAUGAAUUGUGUCCAUCUUUGUUACCGAUGGAAACCAAGCGUGGAAAGAAAUAAUUCUUUGCUACACCAACACACAGUAUGCUUUCGUCUUGACAAAGUGAAAUGAUGCAUAAAAUCACUCACUCAUCAACCUCCGCUUUCCAGGUUUAUUCACUCCCAUCGCUGAGAUAGCAAUUAACACUUUCUUGAUGAGUUUGACAGCAAUCUCUCGUAUAAUAGCCAUCAAGCAAACCCUUCAAAAACCUUCCAGUUGGGCCUCAAAGUGUACCACUCGAUUUCUGUGCAAUUUACACAAUAAAUCCCCAGCAAAGACAGCGCAAUGGCGACACCAGCAACAUGGACAAGAUUAUGACUCUCCAACGAUAGCCCCAUCUUUGUGGAGAUGCCAUAAAGCAGCCAACCAGCAUGGUUUUACGGGGCCCUACUGUGUAAGGUAUCGACAACCAUUAUUCUCAUCCUACCCAUACCAACCCUGUUCUCAGCGAGCCUUUUCGUCAUCGUCGUCAGUGACAGCAGCUCGCCUGUCUCCUACCUCUUUGUUGAAACAAAUACAAAAAAGCUAUGUGCGAGCGCCUCCACCUGUUCGGUUCGCUACAAAAGUAGCUGUGGGGGCAGUUGGGAUAGCCACUGUGCUUUUUGCUAGUCCAUUCAUUCUCGCUUUAUUUGCAUUUGCAGGCUGGCGUCUGUAUCGACAACUCCAAAGACAGCCAAUACCUUUCAUGCCGUUCAGAGAAUUUGAACAACUAUUUAGAAUGCCAGGCAGCAGGUUCAAGGGAGGGAUGCAGAACAGCUCAGUUAUCGAGUCGUUUGAAGCCCAAAUUAAGGAUCAGUUACGCCGAUGGUUACAGCAACAAGGACAACAAGCAUUCGGCAGUACCAUGAAACAUACUGUAUUACAGGAUAAAACGCCGGAAGACUGGGUAGAUAGUUUAGUUAUUGAAGACACAGCUUACAGUCUCUCUUCUGCAUCCAUAGUGAAUGGAUAUGGGGGUCGAGGAAGAUCAAGCAUGAAGAUGCAGUUGACUGUACGGCUUCAAAUGCUCGACACACCCGGACUGGCAGUGAUUGCUAAAGGGAUUUCCAAUAGCAAAAAUGAGCCAUUAUCACUACAGAGCAUUCAAGUAGUCACGUUGAAUGCGGAGGAGAUAGACGUACCGCUGACCACUUCAUCGACUACUUCAUUUCGACAGCAACAGCAACAGGGCAGGGUUUAUGAAGGCGAAUUUCGUGACGUAUGAAAGACUCGGUGCAAAAAAGAAAACUAUCAUGAAUAAGGCAUAUACCCCCCCUCCCAUUUGUCACUUUCAGAAUUGUAACUGAGAUGUUGAAUAAAAAAUUGAAAACCAUUUAUGAUCCGAAUAAAGCCAAGAAAAAAAAAAAAAAAAGUAAAAAAA